UGUGUGUGUGUGUGUGUUGGUGUGUGUGUGUGUGUGUGUGUGUGUGUGUGUGUUGGUGUGUGUGUGUGUCUCCACUCCUCAGCGCACAGGCGCCCUGCACUCCAGUCUGCUGACACACCGGGAGGACAGUCCGCUCUUUACGUCCGUGUCAUUGGACUCUAUGUGGAUACAAAUCCCGCUGAACGCAGACCCAUGGGGAGACUUUAGCCUGCGAUCACAUACAUGAAAACAGAGCAGCACUGAAGGAACUCGGAGAGCCAGAGAACGAGCGCUGGCCUUCGUCUGACUGUGUGACCAGCGAAUGAGCCUUGUUCAUGCGUCUCCCUGAGUGCCACUCCCACACCACUAUGAACUGUGAGCAGGACUUUGGAGACGGGGGCUUGGGAGUGACCCUCACACUACGACUGCUCAUGCACGGAAAGGAGGUUGGCAGCAUCAUAGGAAAGAAAGGAGAGACGGUGAAACGAAUACGAGAAGAGAGCAGUGCUCGGGUCAACAUUUCAGAGGGCUCUUGUCCAGAGAGAAUCAUCACCAUCACCGGCUCCACAGACUGCGUCUUCAGAGCUUUCACCAUGAUCACGUACAAAUUGGAGGAGGACCUGACUGCGCUGGUGGCCAACGGCACCAUCAGCUCCAAGCCACCAGUCACCCUGCGGCUGGUCAUCCCUGCCAGCCAGUGUGGUUCUCUCAUCGGGAAGGGAGGGGCAAAGAUAAAGGAGAUCAGAGAGAGCACCGGAGCUCAGAUACAGGUGGCAGGGGAUUUGCUGCCCAACUCUACUGAGAGAGGGGUGACGAUAUCUGGGAAUCAGGAGUCUGUAAUCCAGUGUGUCAAACUCAUCUGCACGGUAAUCCUGGAGUCUCCCCCAAAGGGUGCCACCAUCCCCUAUCGGCCGAGCCCCUCACCAGCUACUGUCCUCAUCGCAGGGAAUCAGGUGUUUGAGGCGUCAGAAUUUGCACCCCACCCUCUGUACUCAGUCACCCAGGGGGGCCUGGACCUACAACAGGAUGCUCUACUGUUCCAGGCCUACACUUUGCAAAACCAAUAUGGCAUUCCACACUCAGAGCUGGCUAAGCUACAUCAGCUGUCUAUGCAGCAAGGCCUGAGUCCCAUGGCCCAGCCCGCUUCCACCAUGAUACCUGGGAUGGACUCCAAUUCUCAGACAUCUCAGGAGCUGCUUAUUCCCAAUGAUCUGAUCGGCUCGAUUAUCGGCAGGCAGGGCACUAAGAUCAACGAGAUCAGGCAGGUUUCCGGAGCUCAGAUAAAGAUCGGCAGCCAGCUGGACGGGACAAGUGACCGUCAUGUCACCAUCACAGGAACACCGGUCAGCAUCAACUUGGCCCAGUACCUCAUUACCUCCUGUUUAGAGACAGCCAAAUCCACGGCCCAGGCAGCCACCAUGGCAGCUCCGGUCGACCUCAACAUGGCCUUCACCCAGCCAGCCUCCCCAGCUGCCUCCCCCCAACCCACCCUGGCCACCGUCGGCGCCCUGACCCCGGCUCAUAUGCUGGGCAACCCGUAUGGUGCCAUGCCCCUCUCAGGCCUGCUGGGGGUGAAGUCCGUCCCCUUUCUGACUCUGUCCAGCCCAGCCCCUGCUGUGGCCGUCACCGCAGCGCCCUCCCAUACCACUCUGGCUGCCUAUACCGCCAAAAUCUCUACAGCCAACUGCAUCAAAAAGCCAGAGAGACAGAAGUUUGCUCCCUACUGAUCCAGCUGCGUGUCUGGAGAUGAAUGACAGCUGCAGUGUUCUUCCACAAUCGCCUGAUGUAGCCAUAUUUCGCGGGCAGAGACGCUCUUGACUUUUAUUCUAUGACGCACCAACAGAGAAGAGACCAAUGGAGAUGUGGGUAAAGCUAUUAAAAGUUAUUUACAGUUAUAGAUAAUUUGUGAGUUUCCCAUGCAUUGAUGGACUGCUUCAUCUUCACCUCAUCACUGUUAUUGAUCACUAAAAAAAAAAAAAAAAAAAUGUUCUCUAACUUGAGAUACAUGUGUUCAGAUAUCAGUUUUCACAUGUGUAUGUCAGGUUAGAGACCAGUUACAAGUAUUUAUCCCUCAAUAAAAUUUGUAAAUUAUACUCAGAUGACAAAUGCUCUCAUGUAUGAUGCUUUUAUACAAUGUCUAUGUUUGCCUCUGGAAGUUUUUAAGAAAAUUUGUAAAUGUCUGAGGGUUUUUUUUUUUUUAAUAAUCUGUGCUAUGGUACUGUACUUUACUGUUCAGUGUUAUGUUCAUUUUGUUGGAUUUUAUUUUGAAUGUGCAAAUUGUUUAAUCUUUAUUUAUUAGUAUUGUUUCAUUUAUUAAAAGUCUUUGUUUCCGGAUA